AGUGGUUACACGACUGUAGGUGCUUUUGAGUGUCCAUUUUACGAUGUUUAAAAAAGAGAUGACGGCCCAGAAGGACGGAGCCCCGCACUACGAGGACGGGGACUCGCUGCCUGCCACGGCGGAGGACGGUGGCCCAGAGCCGCUACAGCCGCCAGCUGACAGACUACCCGGCAUCAGGAGUCCUCUGCUGUUGAUGGUACAGACCCUCGGACUGAUGCUGAGCAUCCUCCCAGCAAUACUGUACAGCGUCCUCAGGAAGAUCGUCCCUCCUGCAGGCAAAUCCCUCAAAGAUAAGGUUGUGCUGGUGACAGGGGCAGGGCGAGGGCUCGGCGAGGGACUUGCCAUGAGGUUCGCCAAGGAAGGGGCCAAGGUAGCAGUGGUGGAUGUGUUCCCUCAGUCCGCCCAGGAGACAGCUAGGGACAUACAGGAGAAUGGUGGGAUAGCAAAGGCGUACGUUGCUAACGUAGCCAAGGUAGAGGACAUCCAAAGACUGAGGCGGGAGGUGACGGAGGAUCUGGGCCCGGUGGACAUCUUGGUCAACAACGCAGGAUUGAUGUACGGCAACACUGUGACUGACAUGCCGGACACGGACCUCCGCGCAGUGGUAGAAGUCAACCUGCUCAGCCACUUCUGGAUGGCGAAGGAGUUCCUACCCUCCAUGAAGGAUCGCAACUCUGGUCAUAUUGUGGCUAUCUGCUCACUCUCUGCCCUGAGUGCUCCGGCCAACGCUGCAGCCUACUCUUGUUGCAAAAGUGGAGUCAAAGGUUUUAUGGAGUCUCUUCGGGCAGAACUCAACUCUCAAAGUAACAACGAUAUUAAGGUUACUACUGUUCUGCCGUACUUUAUAAACACCAGUGCCUCUUAUGUGGAAUUUUUUGAUUUGAGGAUUCCACCAGUGUCAAUAGAAGAGGCAGUAGAGGCCACAGUUGAGGGUAUAAAAAGAGAAGAAGUUGUUUUUACCAUUCCUCGGGACAUGUACUUUUCAGUUCACCUAUUUCAAUUAUUUCCACAAUAUAUUAUUGACAAGUUUAAAGAAAUAUUCUACUUCAGGGUUGCACUCCCGUCAGAAGAAAGAAGGAAGAAAGAACCUACACAACAUAUAAUAUCUCAACUAUCCUCUAAAUAACUACAAUAUGUCAAGUAAUCUACUAGGAUACAUUACCAGUAGGCCUACUGUAGUUUAAUCACUAAUGGUGAUACAGAAAGGAGUGAAUGAGAUAUUUCAUCCAACAGUAUUAGCCUACUGUUUGAGUUGUUAUGUUUAUUCAAGGAAUCUUAGCCUGGCCUUUGAUAAAAAUUCCUUUUAAAUGAAAGAUUUUGAUUUUAAAACUAACGUUCAUGUGUGAACAUUAGCAAAGGAUAUUAUACCUAAAUUUAGGUGCUGUACAUAAGAAUAUUGAUUAGUCAGUAGUUAUAUUCUGUUCAAUAUGAUACUGUAUAUUACUUUUAAUUCCUGUAAAAUCAUACAAUUCCGGUGCCAAAAUCAUCAAGACUUGUUAUAAGCAAGUGGUAGAAUAGUGUAUAUUCACUUUGGAUAAUGUUUUAGAUUUAAUAGUAUUGUACAAAUUUAUGUCAUAGUUUUUAGUUACUCAAACACUCAAAUCAAAAUUUUAAUUUUAAAAUUUAAAAUAGUGAAAUGUAAUUAAAAAUUCAAACGUAUUACAAUUUUUCUUUGAAUAAGGUUGUGAAAUCAAGACACACUUUAAAUAGUCUAAGUGACUGGAGGGAACAAUCAAUGUAAAAAAAAAACAUCACACAUACAUAUUUAACAAUAGUAAUAAACUAAUUGAUAUUGUUGUAGUUUAGUAUUGUAAUACUAACAAGUGACACAAAAUUUACAUUUUUACAUUGU